GGGCAAGACAGCUUGUGUAGACAGUGCGGCAGUAUCCAGCUUGGGACAAGACAGCUUGUGUAGACAGUGCGGCAGUAUCCAGCUUGAGAAGGGGUAGUCCUUCUAACGUCAAUGACCAGGAAAUAUACCACAGCUCCGGUUAAACACAGUAUGGCAACUUGGAUAAAACAUACAUUUGACUAUUUCAUGGUGAUGAUUUUGCUUUCAUAUAAUGUAUUUUCCGACGAUCUGUGUAACGACUGUUUGGUGGAAUACUCACCUAGUUUCGACAACCAUGCUGUAAGAGAUCAUCGCCUGUGGAUCAGAUCUGCGCCGCACCAACAGGUUUGCUUUCGUCUAUGUCGACUAGACACCAGCUGCCUCAGUUUUGAAUUCAACCCAAACACCAAAAGCUGCCGAGGACAUGCGUCCGCCUUCACGUCUCCCUCCCUCGUUUCCACAUCGGCAGACAAUGGCAACAAACGAUACACAAUAUGCCCAGAUUAUCUUGGGUGUUUUAAGGACAACAGUACACGUGUCUUGCCUUAUUCCAGAAUUGAAAAUAUAGAGAUGACCAACGAACUGUGCAAAGACCAUUGCAGAACACAGGGUUACGGACUUGCUGGUACUGAGAACACUGAUGAGUGCUACUGUGGCCACUCUAUUCCUGCUGCUCGGAGAAGAGAAGACAGCAAAUGUGACAGGCAGUGUCCAGGGAAGACACCACAAAUGUGUGGAGGUGUUUGGUUCUUGUCAGUGUAUAGUACACGUCGCCCAUAGCGCUAUAAGAUCAGGGCAUUGGGAUAGCCUUGUGGAUAAAGCGCUCGCUCGGCUCGCUCGAGUUCGAUUCCUUACAGGGGCACAAGGAGCUAAGCCCAAUCCCGAUGUCCAAUGCCCUAGUGGUGUUGGAAUAUUGCUAAAAACAGCACUAAAACAAUAGUCUCUCACCAGCUGAAUCAAUGGAAGUUUUGGAAUAACUGUCCAGGUUCUGCAAAUCAGUAUUCUUGAUUUGGCAGUACAAUACCCAUGCUAUCUGUUUUAGAAGAAAGUAAAGGUUUAGAGACACCACUGGUAACUAUACUGUACUGACACACC